AUGGACCAACAACAAGCGGCACAGGUCCUCCAGUCGCUCCAGGAACUACAGACCGAGGUCAAUCGACUAAGAGGCCGAGAAGCUGAACUGACAGCACAGGUCGCUUCUUUUGGUGCCGGUUCGGCUGCUUCAGCUGGACCUGGCAGUGCACUGGCACAGUUGGUGCAGUCACAAAAGGAGCUUGUGGACGCCCUUAGAUCGAAAGAACAAGUCCGGUUGGUCGACAACAAGGGCCUUGGCAAGCCCGACAAGUUUGAUGGGACAGCCGAAAGAUUCUUGUCAUGGAAAAUCAAGACGUCCUCCUAUCUUGCAAGUGUUCGCAAAGACCUUCGUGAGAUUCUGGUUUGGGCCGAAGAUUGCGAUCAUGCAAUCACUGCAGAUGACAUCGACAAGGCUUUUGGGAGUCAAGCAGAUGCCAUUGACCAGGUGUCGAACAUCAGUGAAUUGAGACGCGAGCUUUGGGACGCGCUGCUAAUGCUGACAGAGCGUGAGCCCUUUGACAUCGUGCUGAACACCGGGGAAUGCGGCAUCGAAAGCUGGAAAAAGCUCACGCGGAGGUACGACCCAUCCACUGGUGGUCGCAAACGCGCUCUCCUCAAUGCAAUCUUGUCACCGGCUCGAUUCAAGAUGGAAGAUUUGCCGUCCAACCUGGAGAAGCUUCUUGACAGCAUCAGACUUUAUGAACGUCGCAAAGACGCAUCUGGCAACCGAACGAUGUUGGCAGAAGACAUCAAGAUCAACGUGAUUGAACGAUUGGUGCCGGCAGAGCUCGAGCGUCAUCUCGUUCUCAAUCGAGAUCGCUUCAAGACGUUCGAGUCCAUGCUGUCCGAGAUCCAGUCCUAUGUGGAACAUGCCACCGGCAACAAGAUCAAGGUGGUGAACAGCCAGCCCUACGACGCACAUGGCCGUGGGGACGAUCCUAUGGAUGUCGGAAGCUUUGGAAAAGAUGCAAAGGGAAAAGGUAAGGGCAAGAAGGGAGCUGGAGGAAAACCUGGAAAGGGAAAUGCAACAGCUGAGAAGAGAACAUGUCACAACUGCGGACGCCCAGGACAUCUGCGGGCAGAUUGCUGGGCACCUGGAGGCCCCAAACAUAAGGGGACGGGUGGCAAAGGCAACAGCAAUCAGAAUAAGGACAAGGGCAAGGGCAAAGGCAGCCCCGGAAAGCACAAGCAGAAGCCCAAAGGAGGCAAAUCUGUGAACAAUGUCGAACAAGGUGAACCAGAAGCAGAAGACUGGGACGCAGCUGAUGGCGACGAUGGUCAACAAGCAGCAAAUGGUUUAACGCUCUAUGGUGUUGAUGGGCCACCACAUGACGAGGAUGACGACGAAAGUUUCCAGGUCGAUCCCGAGUCCGAGGAGUCGGAAGCCUCGACAAGUCGCAGAAGGUGGUUUUCUUUGCCUCACCCACGUGCGUCAUGGCCUGAAGAGUGGGACGACCCCGACUAUGAUGGACCGAGUGGAUCGAGAGGUCACCGAGCACGAGACCACUACAUCCAAGUCCGCGUCUUCCAAGGCACCUCGAACGCCACAGGGAAGACCCAAGAGGGGCAGAAGUCCAAAGAGCUCAGCACCAAAGAGAGGCAAAGCAAGCAGAUCAGGGCCAGUCACUCCGGAGUCAGCACUCCGACGCUUUCGAAUGACUUCGAUGACACCACCACCAAGGAGAAGGUUGAGGCAUGGCUCUACACCUUUGCCAAAGACACCACCGACACCUAUAGCAUGGCCUGCAUCACCUCCACAACAGCCGAUAGCCUCGCCCAAGACUCCACCAGGACCACCACCAGGAUGGCAAAGCCAAGUAGCUUCACCCAAGACUCCGCCAUGUCCACCACCGGGAUGGCAAAGCUCUCAGGUGAAGCCACACCACCUGUCAAGGCAUCAUCGGCAGCUUCGACUUCAGGUUCUCGACUUGUCCAGAUGCUGAAGGCUGCGCUGAGUUCACAAAUCCGCAAAGUCCAAGAAGAAGAUCCUGGUUCAGGAGAUGGCCAGGCAGAUGCGAUGUUAGCGGCUUUGAGGACUAGAUCUGUCAAGGCACCGCACAUCACAAAGCAGAACAUCAGCGAUCCUUCUUUCCACGACUCGAGAUACCAUGCCGAGAUUGCCAAAGGUGUUGCACACAAUGUGGCCUGGAGAAAUGAACGUUUGAGAAGACGUGCAAUCGUCCACCGACGAGGAGGAGUCAAGGAUGAAGACAACUUGGAUGCGGGCAUCGAGACGGUGGUUGUGGGCAAAGCUGGUCAGAGCACAGUGAUAGAGUUUUCAGCGGAAGAGCGGAAAACUUUGAGGCAGUUCCCGGACGACGAGGCCAAGUUGCUGCGGAAGGAUCCCAAGAAGAAACCCAUGACCAAGCGUGUUCGAAGCGUUGGGUACAGGGUGAAGAAGAAUCGCAACCGCAAUGUGGCGCGCAAGAUGGCGAGGAAGAACCGACCAGCCUUGGUUCUGAAGGAAAACACUGAAGUGAACGCAGAUGAAGAUGAUGAUGAAAUGGAAGAGGUCUACAUCGAAGAGCCUGAUGAGCCUCGAGACCGACCAGGCAGAGGAGACCCCGAUGGUGGAGCUGGAUCGGCUCCUGCUGCAGUCUACAGCUUGGGGGCCUCUGACGACUGGCGAAAAUGGGAACGAGCAGAGUUGAACAUCGACACCGGUGCUGCCAUCACUGCAGUACCACUUGACUUCGCCAAGGACUACCCGAGGAGCGAGUCCAAUGGAGCAAGCUACAAGGCAGCCAAUGCGGAACCCAUCGAAGAUCAGGGAAGUGUGAAGCUGGUGGGAUACGACGAAUCUGGCAACAAGAUCCCAAUCGAUUGCCGAGUUGCAGAUGUGCAUCGGCCACUUCUUUCAGGUUCCGAGAUCGCCAAGAACUACCACAUCGCCCUUGGACCAUCUUCGGGGAGAUUGAUCCCAAGAAACACUCCUGCGGGACGGGCCUAUUCGAAGGCCAUGAAAGAUCUGAUCCGAGAUUAUGGCGAUUCAAUGCCCAUUGUGCACAAUCGCCGAGGCAUCUAUGUGUUGGACUAUUGGGUGUCACCUUUUCAGGGGCAUCCUCAAGAGGAGUAA